UAUGUGUAUAUAAAUUAAUAGUAUACUUUAAUAUUUGAUAGGAGGUGAAGAGUCUAAUGAAGAAACUGGAGAUGGUAGAGAGUGAAAGAGAUGAUUUACUUGAGGAGAACGCUAAAUUGAAGGGUACAACAGACACAUCAGGUGUCUCAUAUCAAGAUAGAGAAGUUGAUGAAAGAAAUAAGUCAUCAAUACAAUCAUCAGAGUCUGAGAAGCAAGACAGCAAAAAGAAGAUGGCAAAAGCAUUUAUGGAAAUUGAUCAGUUACGAUCAUCUCUUCAAAAGAAAAUAGGUAUAUACAUACACAUAUACUUUAUACUGUACGAAUCAGUUACCGUACGUCGUACGAUUGGUAAUAUACAAGUGUAUAUUUGAGGGUCCAAUAUUUCGCGUUUUCUCAAAAAUUUCCUUAGAAGCUAAUAUUCAUGGGUACAAAUAUUCGUGGCUUGGAGUUAGCAAACUUCUUUUUACUUGGAUCUACUGCACUAGCUUCCAAUACAUGGCUUAUAGUGGAAUAUGGAAUAACAGACAAAGACUCUGGCCCCUCCACUGGCUUGGAAAUGUAGUAGCUAGAGCUCUGCAUGGCCCGUUAAUUAGUUUUUUGUGUGGGUGGUUGGGUUAAAAUUUCGUGGAUAAAAAUGAACCACGAAAUUAACGAAAACUAAUACCCCACAAAAUUCACCAACCGUACAGUAUAGCACAGUAAAGAGUGCUGUAUGGGAGUUGAUACAGCAAUACAGCAUGAAGUAGAAAGCGCUAAGUGUGAUACAGCACUCUAUAAAUGAAUUAAGGUUGUGUAUAUGGGUGCAUCAAAAGUGUCUGCCAAAUAUACUCCUAAUCAAGUUUUGAUACUCUAUCAAGGUUUAGACAAGACUAAUAGAAACAUUUGCAAACCUGCUAUUUUAUCAAGAUGAUUGUCUUUGCCAUAUGACACAACUCAAUCAAAUUUUGAUGAUCUUGAGCUGCAAAAAGCUGACAAUGAUGAUAAAGAGUCUGUUCCGCACAAGUAUAUAUAGAGCAUUUUUUUAUGUUCCUUGGUUAUGAGGAGCUUCUGUAUUGUUAAAGCUAAUGGAAAGUUGCUGGUAUCAGACUU